AUGAUGAAUGUUGCAAUCAGGUGUGCCAGCACAAGUGUUGCACAGGGGUCGUCUGGUGGCUUCUGGACCUGGUUGACUGGUGCGCGCUCAAAUGAAAUACCUCCUCCAGAUUUCACACUUCCGGGCGUGACUAUUCCUCCUCCGCUACCUGAUCAUGUGGAGGCUGGCAAGACAAGAGUCACAACACUUCCCAAUGGUGUUGAAAUAGCCUCUGAGACAUCUGCAACUUACAUGCCUGAAAUGGUUGAGGUGCUUAUUGAUUGCGUACGCAACCCUGCUUUUCUUGAUUGGGAGGUCAAGGAACAGAUUUUGAGGCUAAAGGCAGAGAUUGCGAAAUCAUCAAGUAAUCCUGAAAAAUUCCUUUUGGAGGCUCUUCAUUCUACUGGCUAUUCUGGUGCUUUAGCAAACCCACUAAUCGCGUCAGAAUAUGCAAUUAGCAAAUUGAAUGCAGAUGUCCUGGAGCAAUUUAUAAUUGAGAACUACACUGCUCCCCGAAUUGUUCUAGCUGCAUCAGGUGUUGAUCAUGAUGAAUUGAUAUAUGUUUUGUUGUCAUAA